AUGGAGGCCGGCACCCCCCCUGCGCCCCACUGCGCCCUGGAGCCCCCCCCGCCCCACGAGCCCGUCCCCGCCGCGCUCUGCGCCCUCGGGGCCCUCUGCGGGCUGCUCUGCGGGUGCUUCGGCUACCGCUGCUUCAAGGCCGUCAUGUUCCUCUCGGGGCUGCUCUUCGGCUCCACCGUCAUCUUCCUCCUCUGCUACAAGGAGCGGGUGCUGGAGACGGAGCUGAGCCUGGAGGCCAGCGCGGGCAUCGCCCUGGCCAUCGGGCUGCUCUGCGGGCUGGUCACGCUCCUGCUGCGCAGCGUGGGGCUCUUCACCACCGGGCUGCUGCUGGGGCUGCUGCUGGCCACCGCCGCCCUGGUGACGGUGACGCCGGCGGCGCCGGCGCCGCCGAGCCCCUGGGUGCCGGCGGGGGGUUUGCUGGGGCUGGCGCUGCUCUGCGCCCUGCUGGCCCUGCGGUGGCCCAAGGCGGUGACCGUCCUGGCCACCGGGCUCUGCGGCGCCGCCGCCGUGGUGGUCUGCGCCGAUUACUUGGCGGAGGGGCCGGCGCUGGCGCUCUACGUGCAGCAGCGGCUGCGGCUGGCGCCCGCCGGGGCCCUGUGCUGGCGGAGCUGGGCCCUGCUGGGGGCUUGGCCCGCGCUCGGCGCCCUCCACGUCCUGCUCCAGUGGAAGGUGACGGCCCGCGGGUGCUCCCACGGACAGGCCCCCCUCGUCCGGAGGCAGAAGCGGCUGCAGCCGCCGCGCAUCCGGCAGAAGGCGGCCAAGCGCGGGCAGAGCCUGGCCCCCCCCGAGGGCACCUACCGCCGCAAGCCCCCCCCCGUCCAGCGCUACGCGGGCGACGUGCUGGCCCCGAGCUACAUCCGGAGCCUGCGGGACCGGCAGCUGGAGAGCGGGACCAUGCCGGGCCCCCCCGCCGCCGACGGCAGCCCUGCUGCCCCCCCCCGCCGCCCCUGAGCCCCCGCAACGUGCCUUGGGGGCCCCCGAGCCCCCCCCCACCCCGUUCCCACUGUGCCUUCCCCUUUAAAUAUGCAAAUUAGGUGCCUGAUGCCCCGCCCCCUGGGCGUGGCCUAAGCGGGGAAGGGGGGGGUCCCCCUGGUGGUGGGGCAAAACCAGUGCCCCCCCCCCCACCUGCCCCACAGCUGCCAGCCCCAUAACCUGCCCCAUAACCUGCCCCACGGAGGGGAGAGCUCCUUCCCAGCCUCUGACGUGGCGGGGGGGGGGGGGAAGAGGCGGGGGAAGGUGGGGGGGGCCCCCUAAAACCAAGCCCCGCAUUUAUUUUUGUAGGACCUACCCAAACCCUGCGCACAGCCCCGGGCCCAGCCCAGCUCCCCCCCUCCACUGUCGCUGGGGGGGGGGUCCCAAAAGCCUUAACCCCACUGUGGGGGGGGGGGGGUGUGUCUUGCCCUGCCAUGGAGCCCCCCCGGCCCCCCAGCCCUGCCCUGAGUCCCGCCCCCCCGGGCUUGUAGGGGGGAUGAUGCCUUAAGGAGUUGGGGGCGGGGCAGCAUGAGCCCCCCCAGUGCUGCCAGGAGACCCCCCUCGGCACCCCCGGAGGUGCCACCAGCCCGGGGGGGGGCUCUGGGGACCCAAACACUCGGCCAUGCGGCACCCACACCUCCUGGCGAGAACCCCCCCUAGCGCCCCCAUCACUGCCGGGGUAGGGCGGGGGGGGGGUCCGACCAGCCCCUGCCCCCCCCCCCCCCCGCAGCCCCCCCAUGGGCUCAGCAGUGGGGCAGGGAGGGGGGGGUCUGCCAUCCCCAGGUGUCGUUCCCCCCCCCAGCUCCCCGAGGCCGGGAAAGGCAGGACGGAGCCCCCGGCGCCGGGUCACUACUGCAAUUUUAUUAU